AUUACACAAAAGGGUGGUGGGGUGGCAGCUACAACUUUUGGUCUUGUUUGUUUAGAGCUUUCAAAGGUUAGCAAAACCGUCCAUGUUUAUUUCAUGAAUGAUGAAGCCUUGAGAUCUUCACUGUGUUUUCUGGUGCAAAUGGAGAAACAAUUGAACUCUUGUACACGCAUUUAUUGUUUUUCAAAUAUAAGAAAAAUUAAUAAAUUCUAUUUUCAAAUGUAUGCACCGAAUACACAACAACCUUCGAAAACAAUCUAUGGCAUGAGUUGUUUAGCUCACCAACCUCCCAAAAGCAAUGCAUGGGGAGAGCUUGAUAGUAGGCUACAUGAUGAAGCUCCCGAGAAGAGGAUUUUUCAAAGGCACCAAAUAUUAUUUUGCUUGUUUCAUGAUAUUAUCCCAUAA